GCAUUUGCUCUUCGUCAGGUCGCGCGGUAAGGAGCAGAGCAUCUUCCUCCUCCUCCUCCUCCUUCUCCCUCUCUCUCUCUCUCCUCAUUGCCAUAACAACGGAUGCAGCGCAUCAGUCCGCGCGGGAUCAGCAUUCAGCAGCCGCGCGGGGCGGAAUAAACCCGCACCGUUGCCGUUAAGACCCCUCAAAGGUGACACGCACGCACGCGCCUCUCCGAACUAUUUACGUCAAACCGUUUAAACAGCUUGAGGGAAACGAGCGCAGGCGGGAGAUCCUCACUGGGGUUGUUAGCCAACAGUACGACCAGGGAAGGCGAAGGAAGAAAGAGAAACAGAGAGCAGGAAGUGCAGCGUGGGAUAGCAGGGAAAAUCUCCGGGGAUCUCCAGCGCUAACAUCUCCAUCUACGGUCCUCCCCGUUUUUUUUCCGCCAUGGCUCGGGAGAACGGAGAGACCGGCGGGGAUUGCACGUGGAAGAAGCAGGUCGAUGAUAUCAAGGAGAUGUUUGAAUUCAAGGAGGUGCUCGGGACGGGUGCAUUUUCAGAAGUGGUCCUGGCAGAGGAGAGGUCCACAGGAAAGAUGUUCGCUGUGAAGUGCAUCCCUAAAAAAGCGCUGAAGGGGAAGGAGAGCAGCAUCGAGAAUGAGAUUGCCGUUCUACGCAAAAUUAAGCAUGAGAACAUAGUGGCGCUGGAGGACAUCUGUGAAAGCCCCAAUCACCUCUACCUUAUAAUGCAGCUUGUGUCUGGAGGCGAGUUGUUCGACCGGAUUGUGGAGAAAGGUUUCUACACUGAGAAAGAUGCCAGUACACUUAUCAGACAAGUACUUGAUGCUGUAAACUACCUCCACAGUAUGGGCAUUGUACACAGAGAUCUAAAGCCAGAGAAUCUGCUCUAUUUCAACCCUCAAGAUGCCUCAAAGAUCAUGAUCAGUGAUUUCGGUCUGUCUAAGAUGGAGGGGACAGGUGAUGUCAUGUCAACAGCCUGUGGAACGCCGGGAUACGUGGCUCCAGAAGUUCUCGCUCAGAAGCCGUACAGCAAAGCUGUGGACUGCUGGUCUAUCGGCGUCAUUGCCUACAUCCUACUGUGUGGUUACCCUCCCUUUUAUGACGAGAAUGACUCCAAACUCUUUGAGCAGAUCCUGAAAGCGGACUAUGAGUUUGAUGCACCGUACUGGGAUGAUAUAUCUGAUUCAGCAAAAAACUUCAUCGGUUGUUUGAUGGAAAAGGACCCCUCAAAGCGAUACACAUGUGAACAGGCCCUUCGACAUCCCUGGAUCGCGGGAGACACUGCACUCUGCAAGAACAUCCAUGAGUCCGUCAGUCGACAAAUGCGCAAAAACUUUGCAAAAAGCAAAUGGAGACAAGCCUUCAACGCCACGGCCGUGGUUCGCCACAUGAGGAGACUGCAGUUGGGCAGUAGCAUGGGGAGCAGCAUGGACCAAUCGAGCAACACCAACCAGAACCGCAUACUGAACGCCAAUCAGACUCCAACCCUACCACCCAACACCACAACAAACACCACUUCAGUACUUACUCAAAACCACAAACCUGCUCCCAACGCAAAUGCUGUUCUCAGUAAUGAUAUGGCCACAGGAAACACCUCUGUACCACGCAAAGACUGUACUGCCCCUCCACAAACUUCCUGUUCCCUGGCAUCAGCUGCUUCCUCCACUGCCUCAGGGGCGGAGCCCUGCAGGCCACUCCCUCCCUCAGUAGUGUCUGUGAGCACAGUGUUAACUGGGACCAAGUGACGCCAGGUUCUGCGGGGAGAGAGCUGGGAGGCCACCGCCCUGUGAGCCCUGCCCCUCAGCCCAUUCCCCGCCCUGCCGUCCAGUAAGGCAGAGGACUGACCCAUCGCUAUAGCAAACACUGAAAGGCUAAAGACACUGCACGCACCUAAUGCACUCCUGCCAUUUAACCUCCAGGCCACUAGAGGGUGCAAUGCAUGCAGCGACAGGAGACGGAAAUGUCUGGAAGAUGGCUUCCACUUUGAGAAGUGAAUUUGUGCGGAUAGACAGAACUGUUAUGUCUUUGCUAUGAAUGUGCUACGAACCACGCCAGCCAUGAAAAAAAAACAAAAAAAAACGAAGAGCGCAGAGGUUUAGGUACGAAAGUGUGCAUGAUUGUGUCCGCCCUUAUAAGAGGACGGUGCCAAUGUCAAACGAUUCUUACUAUAUCGUAAUAUGUCUAGCUCUUCCCUCUUACCCUCUGUUUUAACUUUCUAUAUCUACUCACAAUUUAUUGUAUUUUUCGUUAGCUACCAUUUUGAUCUUUCGGGGUUUUCCACUGAUGUGUUACGCUGACCUGCAGAAGAGCUUUUAAUAAUCACGUCAGACUGUUUUGCGACAUUUUUCGAGUCGAGACUUCUGUUUGCACAAAUGAGAGAACAGGUAGCGCAACUGCUAGUGUUUUAUGAGAUUAGAAACCUCGCCAUAAGGUUUUAGCAUCGCAAAGUUUGAGAUAUCUUUUAAAACAUGCAAUAUGUUUGAUUGUUAUCUUACUUUACUGGACCUUUUUUUUAAAAAAGCAGAGAAAAAACAACUUGAUCCUGUUAUUCUCUAUUUCAAAUGUGACUUUAAAUGCACACAGACAGUCAGUGUUAGUAACUGAAUAUAGUAUAGCUGUUAAUACACGACACAGAUCUCCUGAAAGCCAUGGCAGCGUCUUUCUACGCCCAGUGAACGAGUUCUCAGGGAAUUCCGGAGCUGCACUGGGCACCAUAGUGAUGGUAUCUUUAGUAACCCCUCCAUGGUUUGAGAUUGUCUCAUCCAGUUGGAAUAAUGUCAAAAAUGUUGAAUAGGAUGAUGGACAGCUGUUUAACUCACACGAUGCUUGUAUGACAGUUUGACCAUGUGGGGAAACUGCUAUGUUAUGCUACGUUCACGUCAUUUCAGAAUUAGCCAAGUGUGAUACAAACUACUAAAUCGGGUUCUGGAAGUAAAUCCCAUCAUUUUUCUCCAUAGAAGAUUUGAUUUUUAAAAGACCUACUGUGAGCUACGAGGUUGUUUAACGAUGGUAUAUGAUUUACUUUUUUAUGUUUAUCGAUUGCAUUAUGUUCAACAGUGGGAUUUCUUGUGAAAAACUACAUUACCCAUGAUUCUGAAAAACUACAUUCCACAAAGCAAUAAUGCUAAUGACUGAUGUAAUUUCCCUACACUUACUUAAUAUUGGUGUAUGUAUAUUUUGCAAUAUCAUACACAAAGAACUUCUUUAAAUCAAUGGUUUUAUAUGUAUUUGUUGUUUUUAAUUUGAUUGUUAUUUGCAGUUAUUCAUGGGAUUGUAGUUCUUUCCCUCAUUUGAGCGAUUAAAGUCUUUUUCUCCGCUUUUCAAAUAAGUUUUUGCUUCAAAUUAUAGUUUGUAAUGUUGUAAGUCACCUCAUCGCUGGUUGGUUUGGUCAAUGUCUUAUAAUAACUCUUAAAUGGGAAAAAUGAAUGGAAAAAAUACUUCCGGUUCCAAGUCUGCUGAAAAAGUGGACGUCACUAUUGCAUUCUAUUACAGAUUGGAAACAAGCUUAGGGCAGGAUUGGCCUUUUUAUGCGACCAAAGGCAAACACAAGAGUUUAGGAAUUGUUUUUUUUUUUUCGCAACAUUUUGUGAUGCUAGUGGUGCAGAAACUUCACUUUUAAAAGGCAGCUUUGUAUAGAUACUGCUAAAUAUUUCAAUUUAAUAUGUACUUUUAUUAUAGCCAGCAUAUUAUGCUGUGCUCUCUUAGCUCUUCCUGAUUUUGCAAAAAAAAUGUGGCUCUUUAGUGUGGCUAUUAAGUAUUUUGCCAUCAUUGAUCCAUUAUGUGUUGACAUGUUGUGUAAUUCUGACACAACGUGAACGCAGCAUAACUUUUAGUGACUCUAAACAUCUUCCCAGUACGACUCAAGAGUGUCUGAAUUUCUAGCAUUGGUUUAAGGGCUAAGUUAAGGUUUUUACACUUCCUUAUUGAUGGGUGACUGGUCUUCUGUCCCCGAAUGGCUCUGCUUAUGUCCUGUCAGGUUUUUAAAAGUGACUGAUGUCUUCUUUGCCCUUUAUGGUUUGUUAAAAUUACAGGAGGGAACCUCGUCUACGGACAAGAUUUAGGAGUGUGUGAUAUUUUCCAAAGUGCCAUCGAAUAUCUUCAUGAAUUUCCCAUUCGUUUCAUCCUGAAUGUCUGUUUCAGUGUGGGUGGGUUUGAGCUAAUGGCUUUAUUUUUCAGUCAGGUCAUGCAUGCAGCACUUUGUCUUCAUUUUCCCACCCGAGAGGAGUUUGUAAUCUCACAACAGAGAUGCUCUGCAAAGCUUUUCACGAAACUGGUGUAACGUUGUGUUUUUGUAUGUCACAAAAGCGGUUUUAUUUGAUUUGAAUGAACCAUACUGCACAUUUCAGUUUCAUUCAGAGCCGUUUAUGAAGGGUUUGAUAACUAAAGGUUAUUUAGAUGAAUGUUGAAUGACAGUAUCUGUGGCAUGAUGUUGAUUACCACAGGAAAUCAUUUCAGUUUGUCUCUUAGUUUGUAAGAAUAAAAGUCUACUAUAUAGAAGGGCAUUAUAGAGGGUUUUUCUUAAAGCAAGUCUUAAUUUUUCUGUACAAAUAGGUGUUAUUUGAGCUAAUACUUUUGCAGUAGAAAGACUGAAUUUCUUGAAAAUCUGAAAAAAAAAGUCUGUUAAAAUGUAUUACAUUGCAAUUUCUUGCCCCUGUAGACUUUCAUUGUAAGUGCAUUACUACAAAUGUAAUUUCUGCUCCUUUUCAUAAACUGAGGGACAAUUAUAAAUGGUUUUCUGUGGCAACAGGACCUAAAAUUUUUGGCUUCAUUGUCCAUGUAGUCUGUGUUUGUGAGUGUCACUUCUGUGCGUAUUUAUGGGCGUAAAAUGCAGGAAAUGUGUCUGGUAUUCUGGUUUUGAAUUUUUGAACCCUCAGUAGGAUGUGCAAGGUAUAAACCAAAAUGUUGGGGUGUUUUGAACAAAGAUAAAUCCAUAUACAGUAACUGCCACUGCAAGCCAAACAUAAAUGUAUUGAACUAUAACAAUUAGAUCUAUGAACUCAUUUUAACAUACUAUAGUGAAUCCAUGCACACACACGUGCCGUGGCUCACACACAAACACAUCCUGAUCAAUCAGAGUGGAGCGAUCACUUCGACCACAGCAUCACCGUGGUCUGUCUGCGUCCAGAGCAAAUCACUGUGUGUCCAAAGGCUUUGUAAAUAAAAUGUGAUUGUGACGUGUCUAUCAUGUUGUCCCUGAAGAGAUGUUACUGUGUACAUUAUGUGUGUCAUUUUGUUCUCUAAACACUGCCUUUCUCUGCAGUUAUCGGCCUCACAGUUGACAGUAAUGCACAGAUGUAUAUUCACAAUCUUGUUUCUCUCUCAAUGUCAUACGUUCUGAAAAAAAAUCACGUUUCUAUUGUACAAACUUCUCACGCGCAACAUGGUGAAUAUAUAACGAUGAUCUUUUGUGAUGCACCUUUUCCAGAAGAAUCGUUUCCUGAUGUGUUCCUUUGUUUAGUUUUUUUUUUACCAACUCAGGCGUCACUUUUGCCUCUUACGAUGAAAAAGCUGUGACUGACAAGUGUCUGUGCUAACCAGUGACUGUGCAGUUUUAAACAUGUCCCUUGAAUGUCGACUUCUUUGCAAAUUAAGAAAGAAAAACCUUGCGACCGCACCAAAUGAUUUUAUAAAGAAUUGCGAGCAUGUUAAAUGCGCUUUCCGAUUCAACCGAUUGUUUGCGUAUAUUUUCAAAAGUCCUUACCAUGUAACUAUAUGUAUGAAGAAAUAUGUCUAUAUCUAUAUGAAUAUAUAAAUAUUUAAAAAAUGCAACGCUGAUAAUGCAGGCCUUGUGAUCUCUGCAUCUCUCACAUAACCUGUCCGAAAUAAAAGUUGCCCAGUGAAAUGUGAAUUAUAUACUCAUAUGCAUGUGACAAUGAUGAUCAUAUUUUGGGAGUGGCACACGAAUACUAACUUUACUGUGAUGUGAUCUUCUGUCGAUAUGGGGCUUGUAUAUCCAAUGCCUUUGACAAUCAUCUGCACAUAUCAGAGUUUAUAUUCCAUGCUGUUAAGCAAUGGGGAAUGAGUGAUUGUUUUUUUUUCCUUUCUUUUUCCUUAAAUAAAUCCUGAAUGAUCAUGAUUUGUCUUGUAUGGCUUGAUACGGAUCUCAGUAUCUCUCUGACCCCAUUUAGCUUUUGAACACUGUUUUCUGUCAUUUGUUUAGUUUGGGUCCAGCAUAAGUGGUUUUACAUUAGCGAUCAUCCGGGCUGGAUGUUGCCGGUCUCCCACAGCUCAGAGCUACAGGCGAUGACUUCUGCUAAAACUCGUAGAAAAUGCAGCUUGCUUGACAAGCUACUCAAUAUUCAAAAACUACAGGUUGCCUGCCAGCUUGGCAGAUAUUCAUUGAAAAAGAGGGUAUGUUGUGGUGUGGUGUGUAUUUCUAUCUACCUCAUGUGAUUUAUGGAUGGCAUAUUAAGUUUUCCCUAAAUUUCUUUUCUUUUUUUGCAUUUCAGUGUUUCUGCAGGUUCUUGAAUUUUAGACAUCGAUAAAAUGCAGAAAAAUUGUUUUGUUUUCUAGUAUAAAUAUCUAAACAUUCUUGAAUUAAGAUGCUUUUACUUGAAGCAAAAUUCUGUAAUAUAUUAAGUCUUGCUUUCUGAAAAAAAAAAAAAAAAAAAGAAUCUUUAUUUUGUUAGGUUUGCCAAUGCACAAGAAAAAUUAUCUUAAUUCACAAACAAAGGCUAUUUUUCUUGCCCAAGAUAUAUUUUCUUGUUUUGAUUAUCAACCGUUUUCUCUAAACGUGUAUCUGAAUAUGGAAUUAUGUGUAAAGCUAAAUUAUUGUUACAUUUACAUUACAUUUAUGCAGAUGCUCUCAUCUUCAGUCAAAGUGCCAACGAUAAUCAUAAAAUAAAAUACAAUAUCAUGUUUAUUAGACAACUAGAUUAGGAAGCAAGCUAGAGAAAAGGAAAAAUGCAAAGAUGUUUUUUCUUUCAUAACUUUUCAUAUUUUUCUUUCCACUCUUCAUCAUCAGAUCCAGUCAUACACUUUAUUUUGUGCUAUAGGUUCUUCAGCAAACCUGACCCCUCAGAAACCCACUUUCAUUUUACACACCAACAUCUGAAACAUCUUAAAAUAGAUGCAAGAUUUCCCUGGAGGAAAGCACACAUUGUUUUCUCCUCGUGCUGCUGCAGGGAGCAGCAGAGUUUCCCUCUCAUUAUCCUGUGAUUAAAAUAAAUGGCUUCUAACUGCAUCGCCUCAAAAGCCAAUAUCAGUGCGCUCAGCAACAUGUGACCCGCUCUCUAUCAAACCUAACAGUGGGAAAUUAUGAGUCAUGCUAAUGUUAUAGUUUGCUAAGCCACACAAAUGUUUAAAUCUUCCUGAAGGGCACUUCAGUGAAUGCUGGGGGUAUAAAAAUUAUUAUAUUAUGUGGUCAAUAUAAAAAGCAUAACGUGUCAAUUUUUUUGCAUUUACAGUUUUUUACUGAUAUGUUGCAUGAUGUCCUCCACUUCUCCUUUGAUUUACACGCACAGCUUAUUCUGAGCAAAUGAGAAAAAAGUUACUUUUUUGUUGAGUACAGUUUUGCAAAAACAAUGACAACAAACAUUCAAAAAAGUUGAAUGUUCUCGAAGCGUUCGAAUCAUACUUUUUUGUUUUUUCCUCAGUUAUGGGAGUUGAAAAAACCUUAUGAUCCAUGAUUUUUUUUUUUUUUAUCUGCCAAUGGGCUCAAAAAACAACCACAACUUACUGUUUUAUUAUAUUUAUAUGAACUUAUAGAAGAUCAAAUUAAAGACUUUUUUUAAGACCUGCAGAAACCAUGUAAACAGUAUUGGAACGUUACUUUUGAAUAUUCUCUGAACAUUCUGAAACAAGUUAGAAAAGCAUCCAACUGAAAAAUUUCAAGGGGAACAAAACUCCAUGAAUGAUGUACCACUAUCAAAAACAGAUAACUCUGAACAAACAUUCUAAACACUACAGGAAGAAUGUUAGCCACAGUUCUAAGAAUGUUAUUUUCUUAAAAUUAACUGAUGUUGGCAAUUUGCAACAGAGUGCGAUUUAAUAUAGAGAUGCUACCAAGUAACCAAAACCUUAACAUUGCCAAGUAAAUUUCUAUGGUUCUUAACUUCACAGUCAGCGUCCAUCAUCAGCUCCUGCUAUCAGCCUCCAGUCUCUUAGUUCCUGCUGUUUGAUCACUUCCGUAGCUCAAAGACUUUGAUAACAGGCUCAGACUGUGUUGAAAGUGGACAAACGUCAGUCCGGUAUGUUUUGUAGUUGGAUAAGCUGAGGUUAAUGUUUAUGAGAGGACUGGAUAGUGUUUGCUUGGGCCGGAGUGAGAUUAAACCAUGUAAGAUCUAUCAAUAUUAGUUCACAGUGAGUCAUUUUCGUUGACUUGGAGAGCCAGCUACUAUCUAGAUUAAAGAACUGGUGAAAUCAAAGCCACUAUCUCUUUAAAAGACGUGAUGCAGACUCACUAACACCGCCACAUGUGAUAUGACUCUUUAGGGUCUCUGUCAAAUGG